AGCAAUAGAAGUAUAUCUAAACAAAACCGCGGACAACUAUUUGUGUAUUUAUUGGUGUUCAAAAGGAUCUCGAACAGAUACUCCACCUUGUCGAGCCUAUUAUGACCGCUGUCAGAGAGCUAAGACCGGUUUGUCAAGAGGUCUUGGAUUAUGAUAAAGAUGAUCUUCUUGCCCUACACCAGAAGCACAUAUCGUUUGGCCGUAUGAUUUAUCAUCACACUAAAGCCAUUUCAGUCCAGCUUCAAAACUCGCCCUGUGGAGUAUCUAAUCUUUUUGCCCGGCUUGGAAAACCGUUCUGUGGAAUCGUGGCCAGUAUGGUGGCGGUCGGAACAAUCGCCAUUUCCCUUAUGAGUGCGAUAAUACCCGAACUCUCCGACCUUUUCAAGGUAGCAGUCGUUAGUGCUACGGUUACUUCUGCCCUAUCGUAUCUUGGCAAUGCUGCUUUGUUAUUGAACAAAGUUAUCCCUGUUCGAAACUCACUUUACCAAGAAGUUAUCACGCACAUCGGGCUAUGGCUGGAGCUUCGGAGAGUCAUCAUCAGGGAUUGUCCGGCUAACAAAAACCACACUUUGGACGCUGCGGAGAAACAUUAUUUUCUCCGGUCGUUCCAGCGCGCUGUCAUACCUCCCAAUUCUGUCGGUAAUCUUAUUAUGAAGGAACGCAACUUGGCUGCUCGCCCACGAUGGGGUCUCAAAGCUGCCGAAGACGAGCCAUUGGAGUCAGGUGUCCUUAUAGUGGACAGAGUUAGUGCGGCAGACCCAGUCCACUCCUCGUCCAAUAACGUAGGUCACCAGGAUAGCAUGCCAGGUACUCACACUGCUCGUAGGAGUCGAAACACUGACUCGGCUGCUGGACCAUCGAGUUGUUUGAUUGACUAGCAGGGCUGAAUUCCACUGGUCGCGUAUGAUCUCUUCCGUAGUAUUAACCGAGUUAUUUUGGGGUUUACCGGCGGCAAGUUUGGCGUGCCGAUUUCGAGCCGUGCGACGCGUCUGGACAGGAAAUGUUGCUUGCUCCGCUUUUCCUUACCAAUAUUUUAUUUCAUGUAAAGAUACACUUUAUUUUUUAGGUAUAAUACUUCUAUGCUUCAUACGCAUCCCCAGACCCUGUAAUACAACAUUUAUUCAACGCUGG